GUGACCUCUGCCGGUCGGCAGCAGCAGGCCCCCCUAGUAGAGGAGCACGGAACUCGCGCGCAAUAGGCGGACAAUAGGGGAAAACGCUUUUGGCGCCCGUUUCCUCGCAUCAUCCACGUACUCUUGCGGCGCGCGCGUUUCCCGCCACCACCGCGUCACCGCCCGAGGCCAAAAGCCCGCCCAAUGUCGUUGUUCAGUCGACGCGUCACCUUUUUAUUUUUUUGUCGUACAGGAAUCGUUCUCGCCUUUUCCGUUUGCAUUCCCCGGAUGAGACAUUUCGAUUUUUGUCCAUCGUGUCCGACUAUUGUACGUUAUUAACUAUUCAUUAACUUAUUCACAAUAAAAAUUUUCAAUUAUGUUUUACUAAAAAAUAAUAAGACGCUCACUCCGACUGCUUAGUGGUCUCUCAUACCCGCAAUAAAUUCGCAUGGGUUAUUACAGUUACAACAGUUAUUAAAAAAAUACUUAAUAAUAUCUUGUAUUAUAUUAAUUAUUAUCUUUGCCUCGAUCUUUAUCAUCGAUGGUAUUACGUUUAAUAAGCGUGCGAUUUUUGAUUUUUUUUUAUAUACUUGUAUUGAAAACCAACUAACAUUGACAUGAUGACUUCAUGAUGACUGCUGAAUACGUGUUCGUGUUACAUAAAUCUACAGUUUUUAGAUUUAAUUCGUAAUAGUAGAUUAACUUUACUCAUUUCUUACAGCCUACUACAAUGAAUGAAGCCAGUUCAUCUAACAUUGAUGGUGUUUUGAAAAGAAAAAGACACAACUCGGAAGGUUAUUUAUAUAAUGGUACUGUGUCUGGCAAGAGGAUGAAAAUUGACCAUAGUCCUGUUGAGCUCCCAAGUAUUUUAUCUAGAUCUAAAUUACACAAUUCAUCACAGUCAUCACAAUCUGACGAUAGCGAGCAUCAAUAUUUUACUAAUUUACAAAGAAACUCCAGAGUACGAGCUGACUCUGAUCCAUUUCAAAUUAACUCUGAAAAUAAUGAUUCCUUCCAACAAUUAAGUGUUGGUAAUAAUGGAAGUGUAGAACGACGGCCACUAUCUGAGUUACAAGUUCUGUCUCCAGACUCUCAUUCAAUUUAUUCAGAUGAUAGGUCGGAAUCAGAAGCUAGUAGUCCUGCUCUCAGUGAACCUGCCCCAUUAUUAUCCGACAAUGAACUAAGCCCAGAUUGUAUUGAUAGUUCUGAACCAAAGAAAAAUAUUGAAAAUGAUCCACCUACCUAUGUGCCUACUCCACGUUAUUCAAACAUUCAAGAAAGUGUGGGGAGUAACAUAGUUACUACUUGGAGCAAAUUUCGUGACAUGGCCAUCAACCAGAAACCAGUUGCAUUAAAUGAUAGACCAUGUCCAUUACCAGAAAUCCCUUGGGGAAAACGUGCAGCUUUUUGGCAGAUGAUAUGUAAUAGAGAUUCUGCCACAUUAACUUAUAGGAAUCCUGAUUACCAUGAUUGUCAUGAACAUAUAACACCCCGAAUGAGAGCUAUUCUUUUAGAUUGGCUAAUUGAGGUGUCAUCUGUUUAUAAGCUACACCGAGAAACUUAUUAUUUAGCUAUGGAUUAUUUAGACCGAUAUUUAUCAAACAGUGAUUCUAUUCCUAAACAAAAAUUACAACUCAUUGGAAUUACUUGUCUAUUUAUGGCUGCCAAAAUGGAAGAGAUUUACCCUCCUAAACUGACUGAAUUUGCUUACGUCACUGAUGGUGCAUGUACUGAUGAAGAUCUGUUAGAUAUGGAGAAAAUAUUAUUGAUGCAUUUGCGUUUCCGUUUAACACCUGUUUCUAUAAAUUAUUGGGUAGAAUUGAUGCUGCAAUUCAUUUGUGUUGAUGAUAGUACAGCUGAAGACAGUUUGAUUGUUCCACAAUUUCCUCAAAAUUUAUUCAAUCAGGUGGCUCAUCUUUUAGAUCUAGCUAGUCUAGAUUCAACUAGUUUACGUUACUCAUAUAGUGAAUUGGCUGCGUCUGCUCUUACUAUAGUGCUAAAUAAAAAAAUUGCUUUAACCAUUUCCGGUUUAUCAGAAGGAAACGUAUAUAAUUGUGUUGAAUGGAUGUCUGUGUAUUGGAGUGUAAUUCUUGAAGAAUACCAGUAUGAAGAAAUUGAUUUUGAAAAUGAUUCAGAACAAGUAGAUGGCACCCAUGUUAAACAACAACACUUAGUCAGCAUGGAUAUGUAUGAUUUAGCACAGAGUAGAUUUGAACUUAUUCAAUUAUCUCGAGUAAAGGGCCCAGUAACUCCAUCAAACUUAUUAACACCGCCAUGGAGCGGUAAAAAAUAUCCUGUAACAGCUGAAGAGUGCAAACCCUCAUGUAGCUACAAAUGAUAAAUUAUAUACUGAUAACACCAACAGUAAGAUUUUUUUUAUUAAAACAUGUAUAUCUUACCUUGUAAUAGGUUAUUGUAUUCAGAUGUAUUCUAGUUUUCUUUGUGUUAAAAAAAUAUUUUAUUUUAAUUGAUAGAUUCUGUCUUGACGACUUAGAUUAUUUAAAUGUGCAAUAAUAAUCUAUUUUUUUAAAAUUAAGUACUGUUGGUAGUUAGUUAUAUUUACACACGCAAUUUGGAAAUCAGUAAUCAUACUGAAAAUGUUAAUUCUUCAAGUAAAUAGCUGAUUUCUCUCCUGAAAAGUGUAAAAUUAAAGUCAACAAUGUUGAUUGAACUGGUGUUCCUCAUUUUAUGUUAUGUCAAAUUGCUAAAAAUUAAAAAUCCAAAAAAAUAUACUUGGCCUUCAUGUUAAUUACAAUUUUAUGUAUCGAUUACUUUGUACAUUUUAUAUGAUUAUACUAAAUACUUAAUAGGCUCACGAGUAAUUAUAUUAAGAUUAUUAUUACAAAUGUACUUUUUACUAGCCAUUCCUUCAUAUUACACAAUCUUAUAAUUUUGACUUUUUAUAUCAAAUUACAUUAUCCUUUUGUAUUCUAGUCUUAUUUAGUUGAUAAAGAUAAAAUUAUUUUGUGUAGUCUCAUAGCAUGUUUUAUUAUGUACAAUUUUUUUUUGAAACUUUAAAUUAUUAUUUCCUUAUGUUAAGAUGUGCGUAUUCAUGGUUGUAUACUUACUCCAUUGGUUAGUUAUGUAUUUGUAUAUGUGUAAGAUCGAAAUCAACGAUUUUCUAAUGUGCCAGUUUCUUUUUAUGUAAGGUAAUGACCAGAAUUUUUGAAAAAUUUGUAUAAAAUGAUCUCCGUUCAACAUUGAAUUAGUAUUAUAUUAAAUUAUAUUAUUAUAGAACUUAAAAAUAUUUAGAAAAUGUUUCCAGUUUUUUUACUAUAAUUAUGUGAAUUUCAUUAUCUAAAGCUAAUAUUUUUUUCUCAAUAAAGUAAUCAUUACUUACAAAAAAAAAAUUAUAACUAGGCUGUUAUUAAAUUAGAAAUAAUCAGGUUGGGGAAGAGAAUUAUUAUUCGUGUAUUUCUUAAGUUGGUAUGUAUUUAAAUUUAAUUCUUAUCAAUGGGAAUAUAUAUAUUUUAUUGGGAUAAUAAAAAAUUCUUUGUUAUAUUAUUAGCAGUUAAACAUUUUUGUUUUAUAGUUAAAAUUAUUUUAUUCACAGUUAUAAAUCUCUAUAAACAUAAUAUAUAAAUAUAUA